AUGGAUGCGGUGGCGGAAGGGCUGUGGGGGUUGGCGGACUACCAGGAGCAGAGCGGCGAGAUCGGCAAAGCCGUCAAGUGCCUGGAAGCCAUCUGCCAAAGCGACGUGUCGUUUUUCCCCAUCGUCGAGGUCAAGACCCGUCUCCGAAUCGCUACUCUUCUCCUCAAGCACUCCCACAACGUCAACCACGCCAAGGCUCACUUGGAGCGCGCGCAGUUGCUCCUCAAAUCCAUUCCUUCCUGUUUUGAUUUGAAGUGCAGAGCUUACAGUCUGCUCAGCCAGUGUUACCAUCUCGUCGGCUCCAUAGCUCCUCAGAAACAGGUCCUCCACAAGGCCCUGGAGCUCACCGCUAGCGGCUACGAUAUUGCAGUGAAGUUAUGGUCUUGCAACUUCAAUUCGCAGCUGGCGAAUGCGUUGAUUAUUGAGGGAGACUACCAGAGUUCGAUUGCGGCAUUGGACGCUGGCUAUGUUUGCGCUACUCAGAUAGGUUAUCCUGAGUUGCAGAUGUUCUUUGCAACUUGUAUGCUCCAUGUACAUCUCAUGCACUGGGAGGAUGAGAGUUCAGUUGAGCGAGCUGCUGCCAAAUGCGAUGAGGUCUGGGAGUUCCUUGACCCCCAGAAAAAACAACUAUGCCUUGGCUUAUUCUUCUACAAUGAACUGCUGCACAUAUUUUAUCGCCUCCGAGUAUGUGACUACAAGAAUGCUACACCACACAUAGAAAGAUUGGAUGCUGCCAUGAAGGCCGAUUUGAAGCAAACACAGUAUGUGCAACAGCUAACUAAGGAAUUUGAUGCCUUAAAUGAGAGUCUCUCCCGCCCUGAUCUACACUACAGGGAGAGGUUAGCACUGUCUGAAAAACAGUCUCAGAUACAACACCAGCUGGCUUCUCUUACUGCAUUGAGUUCGACUAGCAAGGGAACUUUGGAACCAGCUUAUUUUGGAAAUAUGAGACGCACUGAUGGAGAUAAGCUUGAGCUAGCACCGCCUCCUAUUGAUGGGGAAUGGCUACCAAAAAGUGCAGUCUAUGCUCUUGUUGAUCUUAUGAUGGUUGUGCUGAGCCGUCCAAAAGGAAAUUUUAGGGAUUGUGGAAAGCGCAUUCAAUCUGGAAUGCAUACCAUUGAAGAGGAGCUUUUGAAGCUUGGAAUAACCGAUGGUGUGAGAGAAGUGAAUUUGCAGCACUCUGCCAUUUGGAUGGCUGGUGUGUAUUUAAUGCUACUUAUGCAGUUCCUUGAAAACAAAGUAGCCAUGGAGUUGACACGAUCUGAAUUUGUAGAAGCACAAGAGGCGUUGGUGCAGAUGAAGAAUUGGUUUAUACGCUUUCCAACUAUUUUACAGACAUGUGAGAGCAUCAUUGAAAUGCUCAGGGGGCAGUAUGCUCAUUCCGUUGGUUGUUAUAGUGAGGCAGCUUUUCAUUUCAUUGAAGCUGUAAAGCUCACAGAGAGCAAAUCAAUGCAAGCGCUUUGCCAAAUAUAUGCUGCUGUCUCCUACAUAUGCAUUGGUGACUCUGAAUCAUCUACACAGGCACUUGAUUUGAUUGGACCAGUUUACAGAAUGAUGGAUUCAUUUGUUGGAGUUCGAGAGAAAACCAAUUGCCUUUUUGCCUAUGGUCUUUUAUUGAUGAAGCAACAAGAUCUACAGGAAGCAAGAAACCGACUUGCUAAAGGUUUGCAAAUGACACAUAAUCAGCUUGGGAACCUUCAACUUGUUUCACAGUAUUUGACAAUCCUUGGGAGUUUGGCACUGGCGCUGCAUGACGCUGGACAAGCAAGAGAGAUUUUGAGAUCAUCCUUGACAUUGGCAAAGAAGCUUUCUGAUAUCCCCACGCAGAUAUGGGUGCUCUCUGUUUUGACAGCUUUAUAUCAAGAAUUAGGUGAGAAGGGAAGUGAAAUGGAGAAUGUUGAGUUUCAGAAGAGUAGGAUGGAUGCUCUGCAACAGAAACUUAUAGAUGCAAAUUCGUCCAUUCACCAUAUUGAACUAAUUGACACAGUAAGGAUUGAAGUCCAGCAAUUUCAUGAGGUUGACAGUCGUUCAACCCUUGGCCCAGCCAUGAGCGCCAAUCUUGACAUUCCAGAAUCUGUUGGCCUGUCUGCCCCAAUGCCUGGUCAGUCGACAUCAAGGCUAGUAGAUAUAGACAUAGGAAACAUAGGAAGACGUGGGAAGAGGAAAAUGUAGGUUGUAACUUGUACAGUUCAAACAUUGAAAUCGCCUCUCUGUAGAAAACUAAUAGCUUAAAGGAGGGUGAAGUAGCGCAAAUUCAAAUCUUCCUGCAGUGUACUGUAAAUUAGGUAAGCCCCGCAACAAAUAGUAUAUUUAGUAUUGGUUUGAGGGAUGAUGUAUGUUUUCUGAAUCCUAUCGUUCCAUAUUUAUAAGAUUCCUGGGGCAGCAUAAGUACA